AUGUCUCCUCCAUCUCAAGCAUACCGUCCCUACUUGGAAUCACACCGAAGCCCAGCGGGACCUGGCGACGCCCGUCCUACAGCUACUCAAAUCAUCAAGGACUUGGGCCUAGAUGGCAAGCUCGCGAAUACGACCAUCUUGAUCACCGGCGGCAGUGCGGGACUUGGUGUCCAGACGGCUAGAGCCUUGUACCUGGCCGGAGCCAAAAUUUAUAUCACCGCUCGCGACGAGCAGAAAGGUCAAAAAGCCAUCACGGCCAUCACUAAAGACGCAAUCCAAGGACAAGCUGUCGAGGUUGUCUACUUGGAUCUUGGAGACCUUGACAGCGUGCGUGCAGCAGCAAAAGACUUCCUCGCUAGAAGCAAUCAACUGAACAUCCUGAUCAACAACGCAGGCAAGACUGCGAGCGGCUUCGAGACGCAGAUGGGAAGUAACCACUUCGGCCAUUUCCUUCUGUUCCAACUUCUGAAGCCUGUCCUGCUGGCCUCGUCCACACCGACUGACACCUCUCGUGUCGUCACCUUGUCCAGCUAUGGUCAUACCAUGUCGCCCAUCCGCUUUGAUGACAUAGGCUUCGAAAAUACUGAGUACAAUGGUUGGAUAGCUUAUGGCCAAAGUAAGACUGCGAACAUCUAUAUGGCCAAUAGCAUCGAUCGUCUCUACGGAUCCCAGGGCCUGCAUGCAGUUUCAGUCCAUCCAGGUGCCAUCCUUGAUACCGAGUUGCUGCGUCACAGUACCAAAGAUGCGUUCGACGCAUUCGGAGGUCCGAAUAUCUUUGACAAGCUUGAGAAGAGUGCUGAGCAGGGUGCCGCAACUACUGUGUGGGCUGCUCUGACACCUCACUUCAAUGACAAGGGCGGAGUCUACUGUGCCGACUGCGGUGAGUCUAUCAAAGCUGGCGACGAUGCACCGGUUGGAGGCCCCGAGUAUGUCAGUCAUGCCUAUGACGAGGAGGCUGAAGAUCGUUUGUGGGAGCUCAGUUGUAAAGCUGUUGGUGUAUAA